UGUUUUGUGGAUUCCAAAAAAAGGCCCAACUAAACAAAUGAAAGGAGGAGGAGAGACCAAAUUCUCCAUUUCUGUUUCCUUCAAUGGCUUCCUUCAGGUCAUUGAAAUCUGCGAUUUUCGACAGAGAGGAAAGCAAACAGCAUUAUCAAGCUCAUAUUAGAGGCCUCAACGCCUACCAAAAGCACAACAAGUUCUUGAACGACUAUGUCAAGUAUUAUGGGAAAGAUAGACCUGCAGAGCAGAAGUUACCUAUUAGAACUGAUCAAGAUGCCCUGAGAGAGGGAUAUCGGUUCAUUCGCACCGAAGAAGAUGACAUGGACACAUCUUGGGAGCAAAGACUGGUCAAGCGUUACUAUAAUAAGCUCUUUAAAGAAUAUUGCAUAGCUGAUAUGUCGAAAUAUAAGAGUGGCAAGAUUGGCUUGAGGUGGAGAACAGAAAAGGAAGUUGUAUCUGGAAAAGGGCAGUUCAUUUGUGGUAACAAGCAUUGUGAUGAAAGAAAUGGGUUAGCUAGCUUUGAGGUGAACUUCUCUUAUGUCGAGGCAGAAGAGAACAAGCAAGCUCUUGUCAAACUGGUAACAUGUGAGAGGUGUGCAGAAAAGCUCCACUAUAAAAGAAAUAGAGAAAGGGAGCAAUUGGAAAGGCAACAGAGAGAGGAUAAUAAGAGAAACAGGAAAGCACGUAGCGGGGAUGAAGAGGUGGAGGAGGAAGAUAAGAACAUAGACAAAAGUAGAACAAAGUCAGAAUAUUUGGACAAAGAAAGCUCCAGGAGACGGAGGAAAAGGUCUAGCAGUGGUGAUACUACUGAUGAAGAAGUUGAAAGGAGCAAAGAGGGAAAGAAAAAAGGAAAAAAGAGCUCAGUUCCAAGGGGUGAUGACGAAGAAGAAAAAAGUUUCGACGAGUUUCUGGAAGGGAUGUUCCCGUGAUGCUCCUGCAGGCUGCAGUGGUAAUGGUGUGAAGUGUGUUAAAUGUAAAUAUUGUAAGAUGCGGUUACGUUUUGAUUAGUAUCAUCAUAUGUUUGUGUGUUUGCAUAUCAUGCAUGACACAAAAUAUGACAGUAAAUUCUUGGAGAAUAUAACUAGGGGUUUAGUAUGUACGUUAGUAGCUAUUUUACUGUAAGGCAUAAAGUUAGAAUAUUGAUGAAUAGUAUGAUUGCUCAAGUGCAGUGAGGGAAAUGGAAUGCUUAUGAAAUAUGAAUCCAUCCGCGAAUAAUGGUAUUGUGUGGUCACCACUACCAGACGUCA